AUGCUGGGUCAUAUCUCAGAUGGACUGUGGUUUAGAUCACAUCGCCCUGGAUUCUGCUUGGCAACAUCUGUGCUGAUAACAGUGAUGCUGCUGAUGUAUGCUGGGGCCAUUCAGGCAAGUCUCAGUUUAGGUCCAGGAGGAGAUUUCCCUAGAGUCAGAGAUGUGUUUCUGUAUGCUCUCAGCCAUGAUGACCUGCCCUCCCUGCUGGUCAGUGUUAUACUCCUGCUGCUGAUAGGAACAUAUCAGGAGCGCCGCUGGGGAACUGUCGCCUUGCUGGCCCUCUCCACCCUGACAAUAAUUGUGUUGCCUUUUGUUUACACUCUGGUCCUCUUUGUGGGAGGAGGUGAAGCGAGUCGGAUCUGUGGUUACUCUGCUGUCCAACUCGCACUAGUUACAGCUCAGUGUCGACAGACAACACAAAGGAGGUUGAUGAGGUGUUUACCAGUCUGGUCCCUCCCCUGGCUUCUCCUGCUGGUUGGCCUGCUGCUGCUACCGGGGACGCCUGCCCUACUUCACUUUUGUGCAAUAUGCAUCGGACACAACUAUCAUCAGUCUUUCAUUGGGACGUUACAAGAACUGGAGGCAGCAAAGAUUUUUGACCUCAUUCCUAACUGGUUGUAUGUUCCUACUUCAGCUCGAUUCAGACUGCCGACCUUUACAACCUCACAGAGCUCACUUCCCCCGUUCUUGCCUGUCAAUCAACAAACUACUCCCCCACUAAGGGAUCCAGCAGCUUUCAGCCACCCCUCAUGGAUGGAACCUUCAUCUGCUUGGGUGAUGGAGGAGUCCGUUGCAGUGCCUGAGGCAGAGCUGCUGGAGGAGGAGAUGCUAAGAGCAGGAAUACUGGCCUCAUUACAAGAUGCGCCAGUGAUCGAGCCUGAUACAAAAGUUGAGGUGCCCAAAUCUUCAGUUUCAUCUCUACGGCUUCAGCAGCUGGAGAAGAUGGGUUUCCCCACAGAAAAAGCUGUGGUGGCGUUAGCAGCAUCGAAGCAGCUAGAUGACGCCAUCUCUCUGCUUAUUGAAGACAGCAUCGGCGAGCAAGCUGUGGUUGUGUCCAAGGGAAAGACACAUCUGUCCCUGCAAAACACGUAGAAAGCUGAACCCAGUCUGCAUCAACUCUUACACUCUAAUAUGCUUGGGUUUUUCUGAGCUUUAAUAUUUUCCCUGUUGACUGGAAAAACUUGUUCAAUGUGGUUUUUUUCCCCCUGAAAAAUAAUUAAAAAACUGAGCAGUUUUUUAAUGUGUAGAUGUAAACAAUUUGUUUGCAUAUCUUUGCAUCAGAGAGAAAGACGAGAUGCUGUUUAUUUAUGUUAUAAAAAUGUUUAAUGAAUACUUUUGUACCACAAAUUUAAACUGGUGAUAUGUUAAAAUAUUUAAAAAAAUUAAACAAUUGUUUAUCACACUGAUCGUCUUGACAGUAUUAUCUUAACACAGUACAGUAACACAUUUGCAAGAAAAAAAAGUACAAAAUACAA